ACAAACUCUUUUCGUGGGAGACAAUUAAAGUCGGCAAACAUGGCAGGAAAAUCGCAGCAAAUUCCAGUUGAUAUGGAGCUUAAAAAAGCUUUCCAAGAGUUGCAGGGAAAGCAUAUAAAUACAGCACAGCAAUUAAAAGUUUAUGAUGCACAGAUAGAAACUUUAAAAAGAAGUAUACAGCACUCAAUGCUAGUAGAAAAAGAGAUUGCAAGGUUACCAGAAGAUACGAAAGUAUAUGAAGGUGUUGGUAGAAUGUUUAUGGUGGCUGGUAUACCAGAAGUCAAAAACACAUUAGAAAUGAAGGUGAAAGCUGCAGACAGUAAAAUUAAGACAAUAGAGAGUACUAAAGCAUAUUUAGAGCGCACUAUGAAGGAGAGUGAAGAUAGUUUACGAGAACUCAUUCUGACCAAGCAAGGGAGAGGAUAAUCUGUUCUGUUCUGCAAUGUGUUUUUGAGGACUACUUUAGCUUAACUGAUAGAAGGUUAAGCUGUGUUCAUGUAAAGAUGUUAGAAUAUCAGUGACUCUGGCCAAGGGCUGAACUAUUUGCAGAUGGAAGCAAGCCUUUUGAAUCUUUUAAAUUUAUUUGCUUGAUUUAUUUAUACAUGGACUUCCUUUAUAAACUUGAUAUUGGAAUGUGUAUAGCAACUGUCAUUAAAAAUCUAAAUCAUGAAUAAAAGUAUAAACUUC